UCCCCGCGCUCUCCCUGCGAAGCAGCCGAGGAGCUUCAGCCACUUUAAGGGUUAACAAAGGACAACGGAGCGGAAGGGAAGAGCGCAAAGGAGGGACGUCCCUUGCCUGCCCCGCCUCUCGGUGAGACAUGCAGCCUGGAAGCGCCGGAGGAGCCCCUCUUCGUGCGCGGCGAUGUUGGCGAGCGGGGUUGCGCAAAGGGAGCCUCGAAACAAAGCUCGGUGAGUGCCAUCUGUCCUGGGGAUCUCAUCUUCCAGUACUAUCUUGCAUUGCAGGAUACAUCUGGGAGGUCAAGGCUGAGCGAGAAACAUCUGAAGUAUCACUGGAAAAAGCUGAGGAGCAGAUGCAGGAGCAGAAACUGAGAAAUCAAGAUGGAGCAAAGAGACAAGAGGAAAAACAAACUCCCACAGGGGACAAACCUUAUAAAUGCUUGGAGUGUGGAAAGAGCUUCAGUCGGAGUUGCAACCUAACUUCACAUCACAGAACUCAUACAGGGGACAAACCUUAUAAAUGCUUGGAGUGUGCAAAGAGCUUCAGUCAGAGUAGCCACCUUACUUGGCAUCACAAAACUCACACAGGGGACAAACCAUAUCAAUGCUUGGAGUGUGGAAAGAGCUUCAAGUGGAAUAGCAACCAUACUGUGCAUCAAAGAUGUCACACAGGGGACACACCUUAUAAAUGCUUGAAGUGUGGAAAGAGCUUCAGUCAGAGCAGCACCCUUACUUUGCAUCACAAAACUCACACAGGAGACAAACCUCAUAAAUGCUUCGAGUGUGGAAAGAGCUUCAGUCGGAGUGGCACCCUAAGUAUACAUGAAAGAACUCACACAGGAGACAAACCUUAAAAUGCUUGGAGUGUGGAAAGAGGUUUAAGCAGAGUUCAACGUUUUCUGUGCAUCAAAGGAUCCAUAUAGUGAAGCAAAGCUACCAAUAGGAUUUUCUGGGCUCAGGACUCUAUGCAGAUUGGGCCCUCUGUUGCUUUUCAUAAAAUGUGCAUAUGCUUCAUGUCAAAUGCAAAUUUGUAGCUUCUAUUCAAGAUGUGAUUGGAGCACCAAAAAUAAUCCAGUGGUAACACUCAAAUAGCAGCUGGUAUGGCACAGUGGAGAGGAGAGCCUGGCUAGGAGUCCAGAGUCUGUGAGUUCCAAACCCCGCUCGUGUCUCCUGGGUGUCAAGGGCCUGCUAAAGAUCACACCACAGAGUGUGGCUCAGGGGUUACGUGCCUUGCCACCUGUGCAGCCGUGGGCAAGCUGCAUAGUCCCAAGGAGCCCAGUUGCCCCCCAGCUGGCAGUUGUGGAUAAGGAAGGGGCUGGCUUGUGCAGUGGGGAGGACUAGCCUCAGAGGGAGGCAAGGGUAAACCCCUCUCUGAAUACCGCUUAUCAUGAAAAACCAUAGGGUCACCAUAAGUUGGGAUGGACUUGAAGGCAGGCCAUUUCCAUUUCAACACUCAAAUAAUGAGAUAUGCAACAGAAAGCAUAUCAACAGGUGAAGCUUUCCCCAUAAUUCUAUACUAUAAAAGGCAGAUAUUAAUCUGCCUGCCACAUUAUUGUAUAGCCACGAGAGGCUGUAUCCUAUAGCCAGCAUUGAUUUUUUGUAUUCUGCAAUGAUAGAUUGAAAAUACUCCCAUGCCAUUCUGAUGCUUCCCAUAAGCUCAUUUCAAACCAAAAGCUCACAAAAUGUAUAGUCCUGAACUCAGAACCGCUUGCUUAACAACCCUCUAAGUUUUCAUGGCAAUACACAAAACAGUCAGAGAAUCAAGAGUUCAAAGUGUAAAACGAGAAAAAAACCAGACCUGGACUUUUUUCUGUCAGAGUUCUCAUAACCUGUUGAAAUUCUUUAAAAAUCAGCCUUGUUCACAGAGUACCUGUAAUCCUGUUACUGACCUUGCCCCAUUCUCUGACCUUCAUCUUCUGCAGUGUAAAAGUAAAAAAAAAAUGCCUGGCUCAUUUUUACUUAAUUUAAGAAUUUUGCAUUGCAGUCAAUGAUAGUGUUGGGCAUGCUCAGUAAGAAUCAACUGUCAGUGUUCUAAGAGCCAGACUCACAGCUGCUGGGCUUGGCUAAUCGGGGCCAUAGCCACACCAGACUUUGAAUUCACUUGAGACAGUCACGCCUUCCCCAGAAGAAUCCUGGGAAGUGUAGUUUGUGAAGGGUGCUGAGAGGUGAAAAGGGGCAACACCUGCCAUCUCCAAAGAUGGAGAAUUAUAUUUUUGUAUGUUUGUUGGUGUUCUUCUUACUUUGCUUCUUUCCUGAAGAUUAUAU